AUGUCGCCUAAAACAUGGAACGGGCAGCUCUUCUGCAUCUUCUACGCGGUCAUUGGUAUUCCCAUGUUCGCUACAGUACUGGUUGGAACUGGAGAAAGGCUGCAGAUACCCAUAAAAAAAGUGCACAAAGGGAGACCGUGGCUGAAGAACAACGCGUCUAGAGAUGAGAAACUCAAGUCGAUAGUACUUUUGUCAGUGGGGACGUGUUUGCUGGUAUUUAUCCCAUCACUUGUAUUCGAUGUCACACAGAACUGGAGUUAUCUAGAGUCUGUGUAUUACACUGUUAUCACGUUAACUACAGUUGGGUUUGGAGACUUGGUACCAGGUUAUUUCGAAAAACCAGCUGAGACACAAACAAAGAAAGAAAACGUGUACAGAGUCAUUCUAGGUUUGUGGAUACUUCUUGGUUUGUCGUGGGGAGCUUUGAUACUUAGUGAAAUAGGUUCACUGUUACAGUCAGAAAUAACAUCAGCAGCUAAUCAAACCCAACAAAAACUCAGUGACCUGGAGCACAUAGUCAGAAAAAAGGCCAAGGAAACAAGGGAUAAAAUAGUCAGAAAG